AUGGAGGACAGCCACCCUGGGAAAACCUUCAGCAGAAUUUCAAAUGUUUCCUACGGGCCAAACAGUCGUCUGCAGGUUGACUUUCUGAGGACUCGCAUUGGUCUAAAGAAACAUACAAGAACACACACAGGUGAGAAACCUUAUGAAUGUCAGGAGUGUGGGAAAACAUUUUCACAAGUAAGUCCCUUACAACUCCAUAGAAGAAUGCAUACGGGCGACAGGCGCUAUAAAUGCCAGGAGUGUGAUAAAGCCUUUUAUGAGCUGAGCAAACUUCGCAGACAUCUGAGAAUUCACACAGGAGAGAGACCUUACCAAUGUCAAGAGUGUGGGAAGACAUUUCAGCAAGCCGGGACCCUCACUUUACAUAAAGCAGUUCACACAGGAAAGAGACCGUAUGAGUGUCACGAGUGCGGGAAAACGUUCUCACAGUUGGGUCAUUUGCGGACACACAGAAGAAUACACACGGGAGAGAAGCCCUAUAAAUGUGACGCGUGUGGAAAAGCCUUUUACGGCUCGAGCCAGUUCCAUGCGCAUAGAAAAAUUCACACGGGAGAGAGACCUUAUGAAUGUAAGGACUGUGGAAAAACAUUUCGGUGGCCCUCUGACCUCGUUAUCCACGCAAGGGUUCACACAGGAGAGAGACCUUAUGAAUGUAAGGACUGUGGAAAAACAUUUCGGUGGCCCUCUGACCUCGUUAUCCACGCAAGGGUUCACACAGGAGAGAGACCUUUUGAAUGUCAGGAAUGUGGGAAAACCUUUUCCUAUCGGGGUCCUUUCAAUAACCAUCGAAAACUUCACACGGGAGAGAAACCCCAUGAGUGUACGCAGUGCGGGAAAACCUUUGCCCAGGCGUCUACUCUCACCGUACAUAUUAGAAUUCACACCGGAGAGAAACCUUAUGAGUGCAAGGAAUGUGGGAAGACCUUCACGCAAUCCAGUGGUCUCAUUACACACAGAACAAUUCACACAGGAGAGAGACCUUACGAGUGUAAGGAAUGUGGGAAGACCUUCAAAGAACCACACACUCUGGCAAUCCAUCGAAGAAUUCACACAGGUGAGAGACCUUACGAAUGUAGGGAAUGUGGGAAAACAUUUGUCCAAGCCGGUCAGUUCAGCGCACAUAGAAAAAUGCAUGCAGGAGAGAAGCCUUAUGAAUGUCAGCAAUGUGGAAAACUGUUUUCACAAUUAAGUACCCUCAUUGGACAUAGAAGAGAUCACCCAGGAGACAGGACUUAG